UUUUGUUGACAUUUAUACAUUUGUGUUUAGUUUUGUGACUAUUUUAAUUUUUGGGUAACUUAAUUUUCAAUCUUCAAUUUUAUAAAAAAUGGACCAAAGCGAUGAAAUUGCAUUUAUUGCAAUGAUAAUGCAAAUGUGCUAUUGCGGAAUGAAUCUUUUAAAGAAGAAAAAACGAAGGUAGUGGGUACGUGGUAGUUUGUACCAAGAAAGAUCUACGAAAGGUUUCUUUGAAACAACUUUUCAGGUGGGGUAAAAUGUUUAAAUUAUCAUAAAAUCUUUCAGUUUAUUAAAAACAAUGACGAAGAACUAUUUUUCAAGGCCACUCGGCUAACCAGGAUGCAAUAUGAUUUGUUGUUGUCUCUUAUAAAUUCAAGCCUACAAAAAAAAUCAAUUAGAACUCCAAUAAGUCCAGAGUGUAGGAUGGUGGUAACAUUAUUGAUGGGAGCAUCCACGGUUAGACAAAUCAUCAUUGAAGUCUGUGAAGUAUUUUGGGACGUACUAUCUCCGGUUUAUAUGCCAAAUUGCAACAUGGGAGAUUGGAAAGACAUUAGCAAUGAGUUCGACAGACGAUGGCAUAUGCCCCACUGCGUCGGUAGCAUCGAUGGAAAGCACGUUGCUAUAAAGCGUCCGCCAAACUCGGGUUCUAAAUAUUAUAACUACAAGGGAUUUUUUAGUAUUGUGUUGCUUGCUGUUUGCGAUGCUAACUACACCUUCACCGUAGUUGAUGUAGGAGCUUAUGGCAGCCAGAGCGACGAUAUUUAGCCAUUCCGGAUUUGGAAAGCAAGUGUUUCUCAACAAAAUUAAAUUGCCACCACCCGAAAAACUUCCCAACUCCAAUAAAGUAGUGCCAUACUUCUUUGUUGCUGAUAGUGCGUCCCGCUUAGACAAAACCUGAUGAGGCCCUACCCUGGAAAUUUAUUGGAUUUACCACACGAGGUUUUCAAUUUCAGGAUCUCUAGAGCACGUCGAGUAAUCGAAAAUACCUUCGGUAUAUUAGUUGCACGGUGGAGGAUUUUAAAUAAAGCCAUAGAAUUUCACCCAGAGAAGGCAGAUAAGGUUGUGCUAGCUUGCACUAUAAUUCAUAACUUUAUAAAAAAAAACGAUAAAAUAUACAAUUCAAAAUCAUACUGUCCUGAAGGAUAUUUAGAUGCAUACGACAGCGACUAUGAACGAAUCGAUGGAUUGUGGCGCAGAGAAACAAACGACUUAUUAUCUGUUCGAAGAUUCGGGAGCAACAACAGGGCGGAAGGAGUAUCUCAAGUUCGAGAAACAAUCACAAAGUAUUUUUUAAGAGAAGGCCAAGUACCUUUCCAACCAAAGUAAUCUUUUAACAAACUUGUCCACAGCAAAUUUUUGCAACAAA